GUUUAUGAGUUUAACUAUUCAAUUAAAAAAAUAAUAAUUUAUAAUUAAAUGAUAAUAAAUUAAACUCAUGAAUAAAAAAAGUCCAUGGAAUCUGAAUAUUAGUGAGUCUUGAAGUAAGUAAUUUGGAGAGGGAAAAGCGCAACCUAGCGGCAGCGGAAGGGUGGCGCGUGAGAGAGAUGGAGGAAGGUAAAGAAUGGAGCGUGAAAGAGAAGAACGAAACUACGACGCGACCAUCCCUAAAAUCGGAUGUUCCAUUCAACAAAUAUGAACUAUGGAAACACAAGUUGAGGGACAAUUGCUACAAAAGGGUGCGAGAGGACAGAACUCGCUUACUCUGGAAAUUUAGAUACAACCAACAGGAGGAGGAGGACAUCGUCAAGUGUGCAUUCCAGGAUAUUGUAUCUGAUGAAUUGAACAAAAUCAAACGCACGGAUGAGCUGUUAUGGGAGUAUGAAGGUCCUCACCAGGGUGAAUGCCAAGACAUUUUGUUAGAAAUGCAAAGGAUCUUUUAUCAAGAUCUCAAUUCCCAAUCAACCAUACAAGAUUUAGAAUGUGAUAUUGAAACUUGGGAAGAUGAAGUGGAUGAGUACCUGGCUCGUGCAGUUUUUGAGCAUAUGCAGCUAAAUGAAGAUGAGGCUCAUGGGAAAGAGAUUUGGUGUCCUAUAUGUAAGCAAGGAGAGCUUAAAGACAGUCACAAUCUUAUACACUGCACUCGUUGUGAACUUCAACUAAACAAAGCUAGUGAGGUGAACAGUUUGUGGCUGCUGGAAUGAAGUUCCAUCGAUGUACAAUUGAUUGAAGCAUGAUGUCCAAGCUAUUUGUGCCUACAGCCCAAAAAUAGCUCCCACUCCUCCCAUGUCAAACACAAUCUUUUUAUUUGUUUAUAGUAAGAGCAGUAUACACCCGUGAGAAAAGAUUGAGAUAUUUGAGUGUAUCUCAGCUUUGUGAUUUGGGUGAAAUAUAAUAUUUUGUAAUCACCAUUCACCACAAUGAUCGUUAAUUGAAUAUAUACGAUAGUCAUAUCUGCAUGUGGUUAUAAGUUGUAAAAGCUGAAUUACAUUUGUUCUUACACUUUCGCUUUAUUUACACAAUUAUUAUCACACAAUCUUUUUCUUCUGAG